GAGAGAGGAAAGUUCAGUUUCAUUUCUUGUUCCUGAUUUCAGCGAUGGCGGCUGCUGAUCUGAGAGACGAGCUGAGCUGCUCCAUCUGCCUGAGCAUUUAUACUGAUCCGGUAUCCCUGCCCUGUGGCCAUAACUUCUGCCGGGGCUGCACUAGGAGAACAUGGGACAUCCAGGAGGACACUUUCCUUGAAAAUCCUUCUUGCCCUGAAUGCAGACAGAGAUUUAAAAAGAGACCUGAACUGGCAACAGCCUGGAAGCUGCGUGGCAUGGUGGAGCGGUUCUGUCCGACUGAGACAGAGCCGGGGGAGACUGGGAUCUUCUGCACUUACUGUCUCCUCUCUCCUGUACCUGCUGCUAAAUCCUGUCUCCUGUGUGAGGCUUCUCUGUGUGAUACCCACCUGAGGGGGCACUGCCAGUCAGCAGAACAUGUACUCACUGAGCCCACUUCUUCCUUUAUGGGGAGAAAAUGUUCUGUACAUCACAAGGUUCUGGAGUAUCACUGCUGUGAGGACUCUGCCUGUAUCUGUGCGUCCUGCUGCCUGGCCGGGGGGCACCGGGGCCACAGGGUGGAGCUGCUGAGUGAGGCCUCUGAGAAGAAGAAAGAGAAACUGAGGAAAGUUCUGGAGAAACUGAGCCCAGAGAGAGAGGAGACUGAGAGAGGAGCCCAGAGGCUGCAGGAGCGCAGGAGAGAAGUGGCAGAAGUGGCAGCCGGUGAGACAGAGAGAGUCACUGCCCUGUUUAGGGGCAUCAGGGAAGAGCUGGAAGCCCUAGAGAAGCGACUCCUGAGUGACAUCUCCAGGCAGAAAGAGGAGCUCUCACUCACACUCACUGAGCUGAUCCAACAGCUGGAAAUAAAGAAGGACGAGCUGUCCAGGAAGAUCCGUCACAUUGAGGAGCUGUGCAACAUGGCAGAUCCACUCACUGUCCUACAGGAACAAUGGGAAUCCCAUGGAGCUGCCUUUUGUGGGGCUGAGGGGGCA